CUCCUUCUCGCCCUGCCUAAAAGCCCAAGUUCGCAAAAUUCUCGUCGUAACCCAUUCCGAAUUGGAUCCCUUCUAUCCCCAAUCCUCUCUUCAAAGAUUGUCCAGCGUAGGGUAUUCUACCUGUUCCUCAACAGCCAUGAAGAGCAUUCUCGAAAUUGUCCACGAGUGUGAUAACUUCCCGUACUACGAACCAUGUCGUACCGAUGCCUACAACAGAGAGCUAGAGUCCUUAUGGCUUUUCUUUCUUCCGGACGACCCUCAACCACACGGCUUUCUCUUGGACUCCAUUGUUCAGCGCAUGCCAUGGACGCCCGACUUCCGCCUCGUUACGACCCCACAUAAAGAAGUCCAUCUGAUCAAACAGGAUCGCGAAGACUGGCAAGAAGCAUGUGUCAAAGCGAUUGAUGACCUCCUCGAUCUCGCCCGCGAGAAGAAGACUUUUCCUGGACUGGGGAAGAAGCGUGAUGAACAAUUCCCAAUUGUAGGUGCAAGUUUUGAUAUCGGCAUCGAACGGUCUGCGAGCUCCCUAUUCGGUAUCGUGGGAAGAGGGGCACACAUGACCGUCUACACGCGUACGAGCUCGGGAAUGAAGUUCUGGAUCCCGCGGAGAAAUGCGAAGAAAUCCACCUGGCCGAACAUGCUAGACAACACUGUCGCAGGUGGCGUGGCAAGGGGUGAGAUGCCCUUUGAAUGCCUUGUUCGUGAGGCUGGUGAAGAGGCCGCUUUAUCAGAAGAGCUUGUACGAAGAGACACGGUGGCUGCGGGAGCUGUGACAUGGUUCAAUAUAUCUGAUGAGAAGGCUGGCGGAGAACUGGGGCUUAUGAAUCCGGGAGUGUUGUAUGUGUACGACCUGGAGGUAGGCGAGCAUGUGACUUUCAAGCCAGUCGACAACGACGUGCAGAGUUUUCACUUGCUUGGUGUUGAUGAGGUAAAGGAGGCGAUGAGGAAUGGGGAAUUCAAGCCUAGCUGUGCCACAGUGAUGAUUGAUUUUUUUGUAAGGCACGGCUUCAUCACCGCAGAGAACGAGAAGGAUUAUACGGAGAUUGUGUCGAGGCUUCAUCGAAAGUUGCCCUUCAAGACAAGUCCUGGGUUUUAGACGUCAUGGUUGAGGGCCCAAGCAAUCCUAGAAUAUUCACUUAUUUUACAGACUCAGGGAGGAGGUGGUAACUACAGUGAAAUGCAAAAGGUUUCCUCGUGGUCUAUGGUCGCGAAGCUUGUUAGGGUACGAGAUAUUCAAAUUCAUAAUCAUAGUGAUCCGUCACUCAAUGAUCCCUACCAAGAGUGCAUGGAGAGCUGCGAGAAAAAGACAACAGAGCAAAGAUAGUAUCAGGGUUCUGAAGAAUUUGAGCAGAGAGAGCGCCUUCGCUACUGAGCUUGGGGAUGCGGAUGGGGGGCGGAGAACGAGAAGAUGGCAGUGGACGGAGAAUUGAGGAGGACGGCGCACCAACUGAUAGCGAGAAACCGGAUGAGGUCCAAUAAGGGAGGCAACGUGCUCCUGUGGUAUUGUUGCUCUCAGGGUGACUGACAAAGGAAAUUUUGGUAUGUGUGUUGAGGCCGUCAUAACACCGAAAUUAUUAAUUCUUCCCCGCAUUUAUUUUUCUGUCCCAGAUCUAAAAACCGGAGCAGCUCCGGGGCAAUGUCUGACACUUACGGUUAAAUCACUGCUAGUUUCACUCAUUUUUGCUUAUAGUUUCGCCCAAUGCUUCCAAGUGUCGGCAGCAACUACACCGAGCUAGGCCGGGUCACUGUUCAUAUCCGCA